AUGCCCUUCAUAGCACCCACCAUCGAGCUUGCGGCCAAUGCCACCUGGCUCAACAUCACAAGCUUGGUGAACAGCGAGGUGUACUCUUCGACUUACGGCAGCGAAGGCGAGUUCCGUAGGUCCGAGUAUCUCCACUCAACAUACGCCAUCUUCAUUGCCAUCUACAUCACUCUGAACGUUGUCUUCUCUGCCAUCGGGUUUGGCAGCUUUCAGCCGAACAUCAACUUCAAGUCCAAGGGUUUUGAGCUUUGCGAGAUGGAGCCUCACGACUUUCAUAACACUUCAUAG